AUGGAAAUAGUCAGCAGCAAGGAUAUGAUGUUCAAAGAAACGAGAAGGAACGAGAUGGGCGUAGCAACAGAAGGGAUUCAAUACAACAAGAAUAAUGGUUUCCCUAUGUACAGCUCUUGCGCAAUAAAUAAAAGAAGAAAAGGAACAAAAAUGGUGUCGUGUAAUAUCCUGUUGUUCAUCCUGAACACCGUCGGAGAAAUAAAGACAUUUCAUAAAUUCAAUUUAGAAGUAAGCGUCUGUAAAGCUUCUAAACGGAAAUUUGAUGUGAUAAGAAUUUUAUCAUGUUUCGAUUCCAUAAAUUGA